ACAGCUGUGAAGGAGGUGGUAUAAGUGUACCUCUAUCCAGCUCUGACCGGGCGACCCUGGGGAAAUAUGGUGCCAUACCUUCUUGCGUAUAAAAGCCUCCUCGGUCGCGGAUACUGCAAUGGUCUGAUCGUUCUUCUCAACAUCCUGUGGCGACUUGACGUCCUCCAAAUGGAUCGAGGUUUCCUUGACGGCGGACAUGGUUCAAGUUUUGCUGUGCUAAAAUCAGAUUGAUGAAAGUAGAAGGCACGACCCUCUUCAGAGCACGACAAAGUCUUUAUACCUCCCAAUAUCUGGGCAGAGUAUUGGCUCUGGCAGUUCUGGCUGACAUGCUCAACCACGAACUCAACACCAAGUGUCGUCUCCGCUCCCUAGAGCUCGUCCCCAUGGGGUAGCAGGGGGUUGAGGAGGCAGGGUAAUUGGCAUUAGCCGCGGUGGACAAGAACCUUCUUAUAACCGAGAACUCCUGAUUGGAGACAAGAAGAAGUCGCUUCGAAUUCAAUUCUGCUGAUUGGGAAAGAAUAAGGUUCCUUCGUGUUCCCCACUUCUCGGUCGAAAGCUCGAGCUCCCCUGCGCGGCUAAUGCCAAAUAUCCGCCCCCAUUUUGGAUGCGAAUAUCCGCUCUCCAUCUCCACGUCCAGACAAUAUUUAACUACAACUUAUCCUCAAAUGUUGAGUGUCACAAGCAUCAGCUCACCCCGCGAAACCCCGCAAUCGAUCAAAACAAACCUUUACUGCAAAAUGUCUACCCCCUACCCCUUCAAGUUCACCACCCCCGAACAGCCCACCUCCGCUGGAGAUGGCUCAGCAACCUCCCUAACCCUGACCCUCGAAAAUGUCCGCGGACGCAUCCCCUCUCCGCAAGCCUCGCGCCUCCGAACAAUGAUGCUCGAGGCACACAACAGCCCCGACAAGAUCAUCGCCCAUGCCUGCUCCUACGAUGGCCUGUCCUCGCGUCUUGUCGAAGAGGCCGGGUUCCCAAUCGUCUUCCUGGCCGGGUACCCUGUUGCCAGUAGCUUCGGCCUCCCGGACACAGGAUACAUCGCCAUGGAAGACCAGUGCAACAAGAUCCAAGAGGUGGUGCGCAUGGUGAAUAUCCCCGUUAUGGCGGAUGGAGAUACAGGAUAUGGAAGUCCGAUGAAUGUGAAGCGGACGGUCGAGUGCUUUGCAAAGGCAGGCGCUGCUGGUGUUAUGAUUGAGGAUCAGACGUGGCCGAAGCGAUGCGGCCACACAAAAGGCAAAUCUGUCGUAUCUCGCGGCGAAGCCUACGCCCGAAUCCAAGCCGCCGUCGACGCCCGAAACGAAGGACAGGACAUCUUCCUGCUCGCCCGCACAGACGCUCUAAUCCACGGCUGGGAUGAAGCCAUAACGCGCGCCAAAGAAUUCAAACGCAUCGGCGUCGACGCCGUCUUCGUCGAGGCCCUACCGGACCGCGAAGCUAUGCAGCGCUGUGUCGCUGAGGUGGGGAUCCCGACCUUCGCGAAUAUUAUCGAGGGAGGCAAGACGGAGAAUCUUUCUGCAUUGGAUCUUGCUCGCCUAGGAUUCUGCGCUGUUGCAUAUCCGUGGACGCUCGUUGCGGCGAAGCUGAAGAGUAUUCGUGAAACGUUGGAGGCGCUUAAGAAGAGUAUGACCGAGGGCGCGCCGCCGAUGAUUUUGAGUUAUGCAGAUGUGUGUGAGGGGGUUGGGUUCAAUAAGUACUGGGACCGCGAGGUACGCUACGAGUUCAACCAGGACGGGCUGAUUAAUGUGCCAAAAUAAACAGCAAGAUAGACAUGUAUAUAGAGCGCUCACUACACUCCAAUACGAGAUGUAUAUUCAACUUGACCGAUUUAUUGCCUUCGUAGUAUCUCGCACUAUGCAAGGGCGAAGCCGACAUUGUAGGGCUAACACACGCUGAUGAUGAUGUCAUCACAAUUUUGUAACUAACUAUAGAAGUCGGAACGCACCAGCCUUGCAUAACCACCAAAUACUGUAGCACGACUCGCGAAGUGAGAAUCUAACUAGCUCCGCGUCAUAAUAAUAGGCCUCAUAAUAUAUGGCAAAGAGCACCUGACACAGCCACACGAUGCCCCCUCGAGACCCUACGCCAUAUAGAAGAUGGUAUACUCGGCAGUUUAAGCGCAACCCCCACCGAAGCCAUCGCAAAAUAACCCCGACCUACCUCUGAUAGGCCACUUUCAGAACAUCCUCAUCCAAUAGAAAUAGUUUUCCUUGCCAUGCACUCAAAGCCGAACAAUAAAAUAUCCCGCUUGGUCUCGGCCCACGAAUCACCGGGGGU